GGCUUUUGGGAAACCCUAAGAUAUCAGUAAUCUUUGCUACCCGAAUUGGAGCAAAUUUUUGAAAGAGAAGACAACAAUGGGAGAUUCAGAUGCCAAAACCGAAACAUCGCUAAAAGAUAAAGGCAACGAGUUCUUCAAAACCGGGAACUAUCUCAAAGCUGCCGCUCUCUAUACUCAAGCCAUGAAGCAAGACCCAUCAAACCCAACUCUUUACAGCAAUCGUGCUGCAGCAUUUCUUCAUCUGGUUAAACUCAACAAAGCACUUGCUGAUGCAGAGAUGACAAUCAGCUUGAAGCCUGACUGGGAGAAGGGUUAUUUCAGGAAAGGAUGCAUACUGGAGGCUAUGGAGCGAUAUGAUGAGGCACUGAAUGCUUUCAAGAUCGCAUUAAAGCACAACCCCCAAAGUUUGGAGGUAUCAAAGAAAAUCAAGUCACUUAACCAAUUAGCAAAAGUAAAAAAGAGAUCAGAAGAAGUGGAGUACAUGAGAUCUAAUGUCAACAUGUCAAAACAUUUGGAUACUUUGAAAUCUGAACUGUCAGGUAAAUGUGAAGAUGAGACCAGUAAUGGUAUAUUCUCUUUUCUUGUUCAAAACAUGGAAACUGCAGUAAAAUCAUGGCAUGAAACUUCUAAAGUGGAUACUAGAGUUUAUUUCCUUAUUGACAAGGAGAAAACAGACACUGAGAAAUGUGCUCCUGCUGUGAAUAUUGACAAGGCUUUUGAGUCUCCUCAAACUCACAGCAACUGUUGUUCUUUCCUCAGACAAUAUGCUGAAGAAUCUUUGUCACAAGCAGCAUGCUUAGUUACAUCCAAGAAUAUUAUAUCUUACCCACAGGUGUGGAAGGGUCAAGGAUCAAGGAAGUGGAAGCAUGGUCAAAGUGAUGGAUUCUUCAUUCAAUUCGAAUCACCUUUUGUACGCAAGCUCUGGUUUAUUCCCAGUUCAACUGAGGAUGGAAAACCCUUGUGCAGGGAUCCAGUCACUUUGGAUGUAAGUGCUCAUGAACUUAUUCCUCGUCUAUUCAAGUAAACAUGGUCAAUGAACUUGCAGCCAUGAACUUGUUAUGUGGUUGAUGACCUCCAAGGAACUGGAGUCCAAUUGACCAAUGUACACAAGAUCCUGGUGAUGAUGCUUGAGUAUAGCUAAAUGGUAGAAAUGGGAAGAGAACAGCUUCUCAAACCACCUUGAUCAGCGGUUUAGGGAAUUUCAAUUGUAAGCUUAAUUUUGUAGAAGUAUGAUCUCUCAUGUAUUGCAAGCAUCGUCUGAUUUGUAUCGCAGUUUUUAGGGAACAAUGAAUUGCUUGAG